UCUGAAAGACAUCAUCAGAAACAUGCACGCACACUCUUUGCGCGCGCGCGCGCGCAUGCGUGUGCGUGUACGAACAUGUGUGUGUGUGUGUGUGUGUGUGGAGAGAGAGAGAGAGAGAGAGAGAGAGAGAGAGAGAGAGAGAGAGAGAGAGGCGGGGGGGGAGAGAGAUUGAGAGAGAUUGAGAGAGAGAGAGAGAGAGAGAGAGAGAGAGAGAGAGAGAGAGAGAGAGAGAGAGAGUUAUAUGGGUGGACAUGGGCACAAUGGUGGCGAGUUUCAUUGAGGACUUGCAAGAGCGCUUGGAGAAGUGACGAGGAUGAAGUGGAACCUGGCAAAUGAACCAACAGGUGCGCUUGUGUCUGUGUGGUCCAUCUCCAGUACUGCUGACCUUGGCUCGAUCAGGAGUGAUGUCGAUAGCCAUCAUGGAGAUCCGUACCUGUGCUCCCCGGCUGCUGGCACAAUCAACAUGCUGGCUGCCAGAGGUGAACGUGAAAGCGUGCAGCUUGCUGUUAGACCCAAGAUGAGCUGGACGUCAUCUGCUGGAAUAUCAGGAUCAGCAGGGGUUGUCCAUGUUCAGUGUUCAGACCUGUUUUCGAGCGACUCUCAUGGGAAUGGCCAUCCUAUCAGAUUGGCUGCCAAUCCAUCCGUUACAUUACGAAGAGUCAUUCCAAUACUCGGAAUUCCUGAUGCUCUGGUUCCUUUGGCGAACACAAGUUCGACCCAUAGACAAGAUCGGAACUAUUGUCCGAACCCAGUCCCAGGUGUGGCAGCAGAUGUAUCCGUAAUCUUGGGUGAGACGACUCUCCUCUGGCUCUCCAUCGAUGUCCCAUCCUCUCAGCCAUGUGCACUAUAUGAAGGAGAGGUCACAGUUUCAGCGGUCCAUACCCCUGUAGCUCCCGGUCCCAUGCCUCUUCCCAGGUCCAGCGCAAACCUCAAUCACAUCCCCUCCACCACUCCUGCUCCCAGCCCCCAUGCCAUUUAUACAUGCACAGGCGUUGACAAUGGCAGCGAAGCGCUGGCUAGAAAUGUCACUGCAACAAGCACAGGGUGUGGGAAGGAGGCAGCGAAAGACGCACUGGUAUCACAUCUGGAUAUAAUUUCGCAAAGUGCGAGCAUGCUUAGUGUUGUUGGUUCUGCGGAAUCGUUCAGUGCUGUAAAGACAGCUUUGAUGGAGUUGCUGUUGUUGUCCCCGCUGUUUGGCGACCCAGGGCAUAGUAGCAUCAAGGGUCAAGAUCAUCACACAGCAACGAAGCAGCAGUCGCAGGACCAGCUGCAGCAGCAGCAGGAGGAGGGAGUCGGGAGUGGGGCGAGGAAGCAAGCGCAUGAUCUGAAACCCACGGACCGCUGUGUGUUCGUGAGCCCCGCAAGCUCUGAAAUCGUAUCAUGUGAACAUCGAGAGCUGCACGUGACUAUGUCAAAGCCGAUACGGAUGAAACUCACACUUCGCGUCUGGAAUUGGUCCAUCCCAGUGACCCCCUCCCUUCCUGCUGUGUUUGGCAUAUCAGAGAAGGUGGUUGAGAAAGAGUAUGGGGAUCUGGUGCGUGGAAGCGAGAGGUGGUUUAAGGUGCUAGACAUGCACUAUGAGUGGCUUCUAAGCUACAGGGUAAGUCCCUACUUCUGCCGCUGGAGUGACGACAUGAGUGUUCUCUGUUACACAUGCCCUCGGCCCGCUGACCAUCCUCGGGCUAACGAGUGUUACUCUGAUCCUCGACUCGCAGCGUAUGCCGUUCCCUACAAGUUGCCCGUAUCGGAGCAGAGCAUUUCAGCCGGGCAAGGGAUGUCUUCGACACCAAGGAUGACCUUGGACAGUCAGAUGUCAGAGGGAGUCCGCAACAUCCUCGGCAAUACAUCCGCUUCUGAGCAAACGAUGUCCGCAGACCAAGGCAUGCCUGCAGAAUUGAUCCCAGGGAAGAGGUGCAAGUCGUGCAGUGGCGGGAGGUGCAAGUCGUGCAGUGGCGAUGGUAAUAAGGAAGAAAAUGAUGACAAUGUGUCAUGUGCUACAAGCAACUACUCCAGAGAGAGAAUGGCCCUGCGUAGAGAAGUGCUACUGCUGAAGGAAAGACCGCACUGGACAAAGGCGUACUUCUAUCUCUGGGAUGAGCCGCUAACGGUAGAUCAGUAUAACCUACUUCAACAGAGGGCAGAGGAAAUCAUGAACAUCACUGCUGAUGCCCGCAUCUUGACAACAUAUUACUGCGGGCCGAGAGAAAUAUACGAUCAUCAUCUUCAGCAUCCUCAUCAUCCAGGUCAACUCAAAGAGAAGCAGCAUCCAGAGCAUCUCUUGGAAGCAGGUGGUGAAACCAUGCCUUCGAGUGGGACCAGAGACAGUGCCAGUGGGACCAGAGACAGUGCCUUUGAGAACUUCCUGAGAGUACCAGAUCUGAUGCGCCCGUGGACCCGAAUCUUCUGCACAAGUGAAUGGGCACUGGGGGGAUGCGAGGACAGAGCGAAACAGAUCUUAGGAAAGCUUCGGCGCCACAAAGGAGAAGAAUGGUGGACGUCUGUAUGGGGCCUGGGAGUCCGCAUCCCAACCUUCACCUGGGGAUGAGCGAUACCCAAAACAGAGCAGUGAUUUGGAGGGUGUGGAAGGAAGGUGGUUCUGGCUUCUUGUACUGGGGAACCAACUGCUAUUAUGACCCUGACUGUGAGUCAGCAAGAGAGAGAAAGGAGAGCGAAGCGACGGAGAAAGCGACGAGGAUGGAGAGGGAGAGGGAGAGGGAAAUGGACGGCAGAAAUACCGCUGCGGCAUCAUCGGAAUCAUCGCUGCUGUCUUCGGAUUUGGCUGGAAGAGCUGCUCAGACACAUCACGAUUAUCGAGCACGGACUUGGUUUAGACCCGAGCUUCCGCCCGGCGAUGGGGUCCUUUUCUAUCCAGGUCACUGGUUCGAUCCACCUUCGGCACUACCUGUGGCAUCCGUACGGCUGGAGCGUGUCCUCAGUGGGCUGCAGGACUAUGAAUACCUUGAGCUGUAUGCGUCUAUGUUUGGAAGGACUGCUGCUCUUGACCUGAUUGCCCCUUGAGCUGUAUGCGUCUAUGUUUGGAAGGACUGCUGCUCUUGACCUGAUUGCCCAGACAGGUCUAUGCCUUAGACCAGAUCAUUAUGCUGUGGAUCACGAGGGUGUUGAGAGGAUGCGCUCAGCCGUUGUACAGUCCUUUGAAUC